AUGUGUUGGUUACAAAGUGCUUGGUUAGAUUUUCACACACCUUCUCUGUCCAUCUCCAGGCCUCCGCCCCUGCUAAAGGUGCAUAUUCUGAGUUUACUGUUUUUGUCAUCAAAUUAUUUUGUUUCCAUUAACCAGGAUGCUGAGAAGUUGGCCGGUGAAGAGCAUGCCUGGAAAGAAGUCAAAGAUGCUGUAAAUGAAAUGAGAUAUCCAAAAUCAAAAGAAGAGUGGAAGCAGGUUCUGGCAAAAUGCCAAAAUCUCUUGAGCAGCAAUAUGGAUUGUCUUCCAGACACAAAUAUCUAUCAGCUGAAAAUGCUUGACUGUGCCAUGGAUGCUUGUAUUAACCUUGGAUCCUGGGAAGAAGCUUUGUAUUAUGGCAGCAGGACUCUGGGACCAUACAGACUGUAUUAUCCUGGUUUCCAUCCACUGAGGGCCGUCCAGCUGAUGCGAGUGGGCAAACUGCAGUAUAUUCAAGACGUGUUUCCUCAAGCACUGGAGACCUUGAAACAG